CUACACUCCACUACACCAACCACACCGGCCUAUAGUACAACCGCACAAGCACACCAACCACCACCCCUCGCCUCACCACAACAGGGCAAGUGUGAGUAUGUCAACCCCGGUGGUAGUGUCAAGGACCGAGUAGCCCUGCAGAUCAUCACCGAGGCCGAGGCCAGUGGCCACCUGACACCUGGUGACACCAUCUAUGAGGGCACCUCUGGCAGCACAGGCAUUAGCCUGGCUAUGCUCGCCCGGGCAAAGGGCUACAAGUGCUGUAUAUACAUGCCCGAUGAUGCAGCGCUUGAGAAG